CCUUCCGGUUUCGACCAUUCGAGCCCUAAGAUGGCGGACCGGCGGCGACGGAGGAGGCGCGCGUCCCAGGACAGCGAGGACGACGACGAGUCCGGUUCGGGUUCGGACAGCGGGAGGUCGGCCUCCCCGACCACCAAGACCCGGGCGAGAGAGCCCGAGCCGGCGGAGGCCCCAGCGGUUCGACCCGAGCCCAAGAACAACGCGGAGUCUGAAUGUGAGAGUGAAGAUGGAGUGGGAGAAGCUGUCCUGUCUGACUACGAAAGUGCAGAUCCUGAGGACAACGGCUCCCAUUCAGAGGGAGUGGAGGAGGAAGAGGAGGCCGAGCAGUUCAGCGACGAAGAAGCCCCAGCAGCAGCAGCAGCAGCAGCAGCCAGCGAGUCAGAGCCUCCGGCGCCCAGCGACCCGGCACCGGGAGAGGAGGGGGAGCGGGUAGAAGUCAAUGAGGAGGAGGAGCAGGAGGAGGAGCAGCAGCAGGUGGAGGAGCAGGACGAGGAGCAGGAGGAGGAGCAGGAGGAGGAGCCAGAGAGGGAGGAAGGGGGUGAGAGUAAAGAGGAGAGCAAAGCCGAGGAGAAGGAAAAUCUCACCGGAGAGAGACAGAGCGGCGACGGACAGGAGUCCACAGACGACCCAGAAACGAAGGUGGGAGGGAAACCGGGUCAAAAGCUUGACGAUGACGAGGACAGAAAAAACCCGGCAUACAUCCCUAGGAAGGGUCUGUUCUUCGAGCACGACGUCAGGGGUCACGCUCAGGAGGAGGAGAGACCUAAAGGUCGGAACAGGAAGCUGUGGAAAGACGAGGGUCGCUGGGAGCACGACAAGUUCAGGGAGGAAGAGCAGGCGCCCAAGAGCCGCGAGGAGCUCAUCGCCAUCUAUGGUUAUGACAUCAGAAACGGCGGCGGCCCAGGAGACCGGUCGUACAGACAGCGCAGGCCAAGACAGAGUGUGUCUCCCGGCAGAGACAAACGGUGGAGAGAGGGAGGAGGAGAGCGAGCAGUCCGAUCCUGGCAAGGAGGAGGUGGAGGUCAAAACCGAGGAGUUCCUCCACCUUCAUCCAUCCACACCUCCUCUACAUCAUCUUCCUCCCUCCCUCUCUCCUCCGCUCAGCGCAGCAACAACCCCUCCAGACCUCCACCCUCCCGCAGCAGACCAUCCCACCAGAAUCAGAUGCACCUCCCACCUCAAUCCCACUACAGGAAUGAUGAAUCAAACACACCCCAGAUGCAUCCCAGAGAGCGACAGGGCCCUAAAGCUCAUUCGGAGCCUGCAGGCGACAGGGGUGUGGUCAGCAGAGGAGGGCGUGGUAGUGGAGGAAGGGGGGGUCCCUCCCUGGUCUUUGAGAACAGUGGCACCAGCCAACCGGGUGUUGAGGAAAAGGACCUGAGCUCCAGCGCUGUAAAGACAGUGGCGUUGUCACAGCCGGGCGGUUAUCAGUCUGCUUCACCCAGACGACAGCAGAAGGAACAACGAGGUGGUGCCGACCGCUCUGUCUCUGGAUUGGCAGCUUCCUCUGACACCUCCCUUCAAUCGUCAUCAGUGGCCAAUCGGGAAGCCUCUCCUCCCACAGAGCGGCCGGUGGAGCGUAAAUCUUACUCGCUGGCUCGCAGGACUCGCUCUCGACCCACAGACCUGGGAAGCAAACAGCCGUCCGUGGAGGAGGCGACAGUGGGCGGGAACGCCUCGUCCCCUGGCAGCGCGGGAGGGAGGAGCUGGACGGGAGCAGGAGACGGACCGAGUCAGACGGGAAGUGGCGGGGGAGGGGGGCUGACCGAGCUGGACGCAGACGUGGCUCGACUCAGUCUGGCCGGACAGAGCUGGAACCAGAGUCCGACGUCGUACAUCCGCUCUGAGAUGAGAGGCCUCCCCAGCCCCCUGCACAUCCCCGCCGGCCCGCCGCAGUUCUCCAGCAUGGAGGAGAUGGGCGUCGGCUCUAGUCGGGCCAAACGCUACUCCUCCCAACGUCAGAGAGCCGUACCUGAGCCGGCUCCGCCCAUGCACCUGGGAGUGAUGGAUGGCCACUACUACGAACCCAUGUCGUACCAGGGACCAAUCUAUGCUCAUGGGGAUGGCCCCACCCCCAUCCCACCACAAGGCAUGCUGGUCCCGCCUGAGAUGCACAUCCCCCACCCUGGUCUCCACCCACACCAAUCAGGGGCCCCGAUCGCUAACCCCGCCCUCUACGCAGGGCCACCUGUGUCUCUGUCACCCGGGCAACCACAGCAACUGCUGCCACCUCCUUUCUACCCUCCACCGGGCGUCAUGACCUUCCCUUACCCCACCAUGUACCCAACCCCACAGGCUCAGGCCCAGGUGACCUAUGGAGGUGUGACGUACUACGACACGAUGCAGCAGCAGGCUCAGCCCAAGCCUUCGCCCCCCCGCCGCACGUCCCAGCCCGUCACUGUCAAGCCCCCCCCACCAGAGGUGCCCUUUGCCUCAGAGUGACCCCGCCCCUCGUCCCUCCCUGCCACCCGUCUCAGCCUCACUCUGAACUGAAAACAACAGGAGCGGGAUGGGAGGGGUCUGUGAGGCGCUGCGAUCCCCACCGGCAUUAACGAGCGAGGGACAUAUGGAUGAAGACGAACUCUGCAAGAGGCUCACAGCGUCACUGUCGGAGCCCCCCCCCCAUUUCCGACCCUGUGGCGGUUUGGCAGAUCGACCGUGAUGGCGACGGAACACAGGUUCAUUCCAGCCAAUGUGUUUUUUAGCAACAUCCAAGAAACUAAAAAACAAGUUCAAAGCCUGCGGACAUUUAACUGGAGAGUCGGACGGACGACGUCGAGCCGAUCGGAGUUGAGUCGAUAUGAUAAAAGUUUGGUUUAAACUGUGAAGUUUUCUGUCGACUAGAAUACAAUCGGUCUGAGUUUGUCUUGUCAAGUUGUUUUCUGUGUUUACUUCACAGCGUUAGUCCGUUUCGUUCAACAGGAAACAGAAGGUUGGCGUGUUUACAUGUUGGCUCUCUGUGGUCUGGAUGCAAAACGUGAACAAGGAAGAACAAACGUGAGAAUCUGCAGUCUGUGGAUCGGUUGUUUUUAUAGUUUGAAUUCAGCUCAUGUUCCUCGCUGAUGUUACCAACGCGUUCUUACACAUGACGAUCGCCGCCGCCUCCUUGGACGGGAGUUUUAUUAGCGACAUCUCCGAUUUUUGUCAUCGUAGAGAAUUUUCUGUCUCCAGGUUCUCUAUUGUUUUUCUUUGUCAGUAAACUGAACAUCUGUGUGAAACUGAUCCAUCAAUAAAACAGACGACAGGUUCAUCGAUCAACAGAACAAAGAACGUCGCAGCCUGAUGAUCAACAGUGUCAUCAUGUCACGACGUGCCAAAGCAGAAAUCCGGUUUAAUUUAAUGAAACCGACUGUUUGCCGCCGCCUUUUUUCCGUGCACGCCGUCCGUCCGCUCGCCUCAGACAUCAGCGGCACAGUAACUGAGAAACACGGAGCGGGGAAACGUUGAGAAAACUCGUCUGAACGUCAUUUUGGAGAAAAUUCAAUUGCCGGCACAAACGUUGCACAAACAAUGUCUGACAGGCGCUGCUGCUGCGUGGGCAGGGCCGUUAAUCGUCGCUGUAAAUAGAACCUAAAUGUAAAUAGAAGCAGAUACAAUAGAGCAGCCAACAUAUUCUAAUGAUUCUAGAGCAACAGAUAGAAAACGCAUCGGCAGGGACUCGGAAUGUUACGAUGGAUUUAAUUUAGAGAAGUAGCGACGGCAAAAAGAUGAGCGGCUUUCUAUUUUUUUUCUUUUCUUUUUUGACACGACCCUGUUUGAUUUUAAUACUGUUAUUUUUUAUUAUUACUGGUGAAUGCAGGAGUGAAAUGACUGUAUUUGUUUCACAUGUCUGAGGAAACGUUGUUUAUUUGACCUGCAGAAUCUUUUCCAGUAAACUGUUCAACUCUAACGUUCUCGUCUGUUUCCCUGUCGGUUUGAGAUGCUGUAAGUUUUAUUUUGAACUACGUUAACGUCAGUAUUCACAGAACUUUGGGUUAUAAUUCACAAAACCCUUUAUAAACUUUUCUUUCUGAAAUAAAGUUUCACCUCUUUCCCGUCAGACGAGGUGAGCGCAUGAAUGAUGGACGUGUGUGUUGGGGUGAGGAGGCAGCAGCGUUGUGAUGGUGACCUCAUCACAGACAGUGUUAUGUGUUCGAUCGUAGCAUCACACAACACAGACUGUUAAUAACACGGCCAACAUGCCACCAUCUCCUUAAAUAAAUAAAUAUAUAUAUAUAUAUAUAUGAAUAUAUAUUAAGCUAAAAUGCAGUGCAAGUGCAGCAGUGAUCAUGAAGUCAAAUAUAUUAGAACCAAACUGAUCAGAAACACUUGAACAAACAUCAGUGAGAUAAGAACGACCUGAAAUGACAGUAACAUCUUUGACAAACAUUUAUUUAACGUCUACUUUGAUUUUUUUUUUUUAUUUAGUCCAUGUCCCAUCUCCUAACAUGGAGGAGGUUCAUGGCCUAUACUGCAGCCAGACACCAGGGGGCUGUCAAGUUGUCGCUCUUUAGUUUCAGUCUGGUUCAGCUCAUUUGUUAAUGAUGUGUUGAUCGACUGUUCUGAUUGGAUGUUCCUUAGUGGUUAUUUUUUUAUGAAUCUACUUCCUGUGUUGAGCGCGAGCUGCUGUUUAAAGACGUGUUUGACCUUUGACCUGAGCUGACCCGACAGUUCACUGUGAUGAAGAUGUGUAGUAUGUGUUGAACGUUGUCGUCCACUCAGAGGAUCAAUAAAGAUUAUAACUGAC